AUGGCAUCUGUCUCCUUCCAUCUGGCUUUUUACACGCUGUGCUUGAUCAACACAAAAGGCAAGAAGAACAAACAGAAACUUAACUGUGUGAAAAUCAAUGGGACUAAGAGUUUUUCACCUUCGAAAGUGGAUUUGUUGAGCCAAAAUAGUGGACUGGCUCUCACUUCUGUUGAUUCUGAAGCAAAUGUCUAUAUCCCCAAAGAGCAGUAUCGACAAAAUAUUCCUACGAAGAAGCAGUUAGUGGAUCCUUUUCGCCAAGGGAUUAUCAUCGAGGAGGGAGUCGGAUACAGGCAGACCGUUGUUAUAAGGUCUUAUGAAGUUGGACCUGAUAAAACUGCAACAAUUGAGAGCAUUCUCAACCUGCUUCAGGAAACAGCAUUGAAUCAUGUGUGGAUGUCAGGGCUUCUUGGUGAUGGAUUUGGAGCUACUCAUGGAAUGAUGAGAAAUAAUCUCAUUUGGGUUGUUUCAAGAAUGCAAGUUCAAGUUGAUCAUUAUCCAAUCUGGGGUGAAGUAAUGGAGAUAGACACUUGGGUUGGAGCAUCAGGGAAAAAUGGAAUGAGGAGAGACUGGCUACUCCGAAGUCAAGCCGCAGGCAUCAUUUUUGCACGUGCAACGAGUACGUGGGUGAUGAUGAACCAGCAAACUCGGCGCCUGUCAAAAAUGCCAGACGAGGUAAGGUCUGAACUUUCACCAUGGUUCAUUGAGAAACAAGCAAUCAAAGAAGAAAGCCCUGAAAAAAUAGAAAAGUUGGAUGAUAAAGCGCAUUACGUGAACUCAGACUUGAAGCCAAAGAGAAGUGAUUUGGACAUGAACCAACAUGUAAACAAUGUCAAGUAUGUUCGAUGGAUGCUCGAGGCAAUUCCAGAUGAAUUUCUGGAGAAUCACCAGCUCUCUAACAUUAUAUUGGAAUACAGAAGAGAAUGUGGGAGUUCAGAUGUAGUUCAAUCCCUUUGUGAGCCUCGGCAAAUUGAACUGAUAAAUGCUGGAAUUCAACAAAAUAAUUACAAUUGUUUGAAUGGAUAUUCAUUUUCAUCAGGAAUUCUUGAGGGAAAUGGAUUACUGGGAUCUUUAAAUCAGGGGCCAUUUAGCUACACUCAUCUCCUUCAGAUAAAAGGAGACUCAAGAAAUGAAGAAAUUGUGAGAGGAAAAACUGCAUGGAAGAAAAAGCUCAUUGCCGCACCAUUCGCUCCCUAG